CCCAAAACCCCAAAUGUUCCAUUCCUUUGUUCGUUUUUAACAUUCCAUCCCAAAUACAUCAAGUCUUUAAUUAGCACUUAAUUAAUCUCUUGUGUUCUUGCUUGCACAUGACCAUGAAGAGGAGCAUCACAGAAAUGAGAGAGCUUGACCCCAGCCUAACCAUGGCCAACUGCUUGAUGCUACUCUCCCGUGGCAGCCACGACCACCACCAUUACGACACCUUCUCCGCCUCCCCCACCCGGGUUUUCGAGUGCAAGACGUGCAACCGCCAGUUCCCUUCCUUCCAGGCCCUCGGAGGCCACAGGGCCAGCCACAAGAAGCCGAGACUAAUGGGAUCAGGAGAUGGAAAUAGUAGCAACGGCUCAGAUCAGAGCCAGUCACAAGGAUCACCACCAAAACCUAAAACCCACGAGUGCAACAUAUGCGGGCUGGAAUUCGCUAUAGGGCAGGCCUUGGGGGGUCACAUGAGGAGGCACAGAUCAGCCUUGAGCAAUAAUAACAAUAAUAAUAAUACUAGUCAGUAUUCUGAUUCUAACUCUCUGAGCCUGAGCCCUCAGCCUGCGCCAAUGUUUCAAGUUUUGAAGAAGACGAAUAGCGGUAGGAGGGUUAUGUGUUUGGAUCUCAACUUGACGCCAUUAGAGAAUGACUUGAAGAUUCUUCAGAUAGGGAAAGCAGCUCCACUUGUUGGGUUUUCCUAAAUAUAUCUCUAGGUUUUUGAUCCAUUUUUAUUUCUUGUAAUUAAUCACAUAGGGGUUGCUGAUGAGCUUAUUACCGAUUCUUCUUUUUGGUUACAAGGUGUAUCCAGUAUUCUUUGUUCAUUAUAUAAUUUAUACACCAUAUAUGAUUAUAUAGUUUCUUUGUUUAAA